CUGGUGCGUCCGGUGCCGGGAGACGCGAGCGAGCGAGCGGUGGUGCGAGUGCACGGGACUGUCCUCUCCGAGGGGCCUGAAGAGGAAGCGGUCAGCCAUGUCGUCCUUAAUCAGGAGGGUGAUCAGCACCACGAAAGCCCCAGCGGCCAUUGGUCCCUACAGUCAGGCGGUGCUAGUCGAUAGGACCCUUUACAUCUCGGGACAGCUGGGCAUGGACCCUGCCAGCGGGCAGCUUGUGCCAGGAGGGGUGAAAGAAGAAGCUAAACAAGCUCUUAACAACAUGGGCGAGAUCCUGAAAGCGGCAGGCUGCGACUUCAGUAACGUGGUCAAAACAACUGUGCUGCUGGCUGACAUAAAUGACUUCAGUACUGUCAACGACAUCUACAAACAGUAUUUCAAGAGCAAUUUUCCCGCGAGAGCUGCUUACCAGGUUGCAGCUUUGCCCAGAGGAGGCCGUGUGGAGAUCGAAGCCGUGGCCGUCCAAGGCCCUCUCGCAUGACUCUGAGUGGGCCCGGGGUUACCACGUCUGGAACGUUAAUCGUGUUUGUGAAUUAACGCCUUAAUUUUUACAGCCGAUGUUGGAAAGUCUAAGGCUGACUGAAAUAUCUGAAAUACCAUAUAAUGAGGGCAAUUGAACGUGAAUUGAGAAUGAGGUGAUGAAUCCAGUUAGUGAUAUAAAUUUCAUUGAUGCACACUCGUGAGAAACAAAGAGUAUUUGCUAAUUCAGUGAAAUCUUUUAAAUUUAACGUGAAAUGUUUAAUUCUCAUGUCAGCUAUCUGAUUCUGCUCUUACUUGAGUAAAAUUAAAAAUUUAAGUUUGAAUGGUAGGCGUAAAGGAGAAGAAAGUGGACCAAAAUUCUAAAUAGCAGAUAUUUUUCUAAUGGAAAUAAAGUAGACAUGCAGAUUUUC